AUGACUCCGCAGAAGUGCAUUGCCAUGGUUCAAGGGCAAAGAUACGCGGGUGUCAUCUUCGACACUUGCUACGGGUCCCAGUCUCUCGAUGCCACAGCUUUUAUACUAGGAGACAGCUGCAGUAUACCUUGUCCCGGUGACGCUCGCCAGAUAUGUGGUGGCAAUGCGGCCUUAAACUCCAACAGGCUCCGUAUGCGACAUAACUCUCGAGCUCUCGUCCUCCAGCGCGAUGCUUCCACAAACAUUCUACUCACAAUAUUCCAGCUCAUCGUCUUGCCAGGGACAACCGUCGUCGAAUCUGGCGCGACCAUCGUGGUACAACCCACCACCAUCGCCGAUCCAGCCAUCAAGAUACCCACUCCUAGUCUGACAGCAGUUGUGCCGCCGGUAGCAUCUCUUCCUGGACUACCGGCCGGUACAAACGUCCAGAAUGCCCCUGCCGCAGUCAUCGGUCCCGGCGGGACCGUCAAUACAACCAACGGGCAGCCAACCAGCGCUCUACGACCGGCAUUAAUACCGAGCCCUCUGAGCCCGAACAGUGCCAUCACUUCCGUAGUGACCACCGUAACCUAUAUGAUCGUUGACCCUACGAAACCUACCGCCCUGGUGCCGGUAGAGCUCUGCACCACGCUAUACUUCGAAGACUGCCAGUGCCCAACCCAAGUAAUCCCUACGCUCCCCAUGGCAACAUAUGUGGCAGACUGCGACAAGUGUGGUGUUAACGGCCAAAGCAAAGUCACAAUCACCGCCCCAAGUGUCGAACCCUACCAUUCGCCAUCUGGCAACAGAUAA